UCCCUCCUCCUUUUCCUGGCCGCGUCUUGUUUAUCGUCCAGCUAAAACAUGGCGAUAGCGGCUAGCUAAGACGAUUAUUUUUCGUUUUAUUGAAUUAAUUAGGUCGGUGGGAAUAAUUGAUAAUUGCAAAUACUUUAUUACUCUUGAGAUUGGUAGUGAAAUCAUAGCUUUGCAUUACUUGCAUUUUCUCCAUAAGUCAUCGUAAUUGUUGGUUGGGCCUUCUCACGUAAAGAAGCCUUUUUUUAGGGAGUGGACGAGAGGUUUACAAACUCCAACUACCAGCAUUGCUGAGAGGUGGGGUUAAAGGCAUUCAUGUCAUCACUUUCUGUCUGAAGUGACUGGUUAGGAUAAGCAGAAGUGCUUGUGGGUUGGAAGCCAUUCAGGUUAUCAUGGCCUCAAAACCUGUGCCAGGGAACCGGAAAAGUGGGACAGGCAAUGCCAAAGAAGUGUCUUCAGCUUCCCCAGAGUCCUCUCUGACCUGGUGCCUGUCUCAACUCUCAAAAUCUGGGAGAGCCACAGCUGAGCGCCAAGAGCCAGGGACAGCAGGACCGGUCUCCAAUGCACCCAAAGAGCUAGAAAAGAGGGUCAAAGUUGGGCAGUGGCGAGCACUGGUGGCCAUCCGCACGCAGCACAUUAAAGCAGGAAGCAGUGGGAUUUCCAGAUUUCGAGGCCAGGGUGGACUACGCCUCCUCCUGGACCUGCUCAAGCAUCCUGAAUGUUCCAGGAAAACUCUGGACCUAGCCCUCAGCAUCCUGGCCAACUGCUGCACUGAAAGACAGACACGAGUUGAGGUUAGGAAGCUUGAUGGAAUAUCUACUGUAGUGGAUAUUCUGAGGAAGAAUGUAGCCAUGGUGACAAUCCAGAACAGAGCAGCCAGGGCGUUGGGUAACUUGGCCAUGGACCCAGAGAGUUCAACGCUCAUCCACUCUGCCGGUGGCAUUCCACUCCUGCUCCUCUGUGUCUCUAUGUCAUCUUCCCCAUCCUCUCCUUCUGAUGACCCUCUGGAAGCCCCCACCCCUAAAAUAGAAUGUGCUCAGUCCGCUGCCCGUGCCCUCCUCUACCUUGCAGACACCCCAUCAAACCGACUCUUGCUGCUCACCCAGGGUACUAUGACAGCCCUAGCCCCGCUUAUUGCUCCUGAGUACCCUCUGGGUCUGAAGAGGGCAGCUCUCCGGACCCUCCAUGAGCUCACCAGGGGCUGUGGUGUGGAGUGUGCCAGAGAGGUGUCCCGAUCUGGGGUUCUAGCUCAACUAGGUGUCAUGGCUUUGGGGGAGGCAGGAAAACCCUUUGAGGAACUGGCUUUGAAAACGCUUGCCAACAUGUGCACUCAAGGCUGCUUACGUCCUCUAGUGGGAUCCUUGGGUGUCAUCCAGAAGUUUACGGAGGAGGUAAAGAAGGACAGCCUCAAGUCUGGAGUAUUCCUUAAGGCUCUCUGCUUAUGCUGCAAAGAGGCAGUGAACCGGGCCAAGGUGAAAGAGAGUGGCGGGUUGGAGGUAUUGAUUGGCUUCCUGGGUGUCCAUCGGAGCCACCCCCUUGCCCGAUUGGUCAUUCUGGCUUGUGUUGACUUUGUUUAUGAUGAAGCUGCCCUGGAACAGUUACAAGAUCUGGGACUAGUUCCCCUGCUAGUCGCUCGGUUAGUGGAGCUGGCUAAAGGUGAGGAGGCGUCUGCUGGAAAGACCGAUGUGAGUGCCGCCUCCGCCAUCUCUGCCUCUGAGCUGCUUUCUACAACAUGUUUUGACUCAUUUGACUUCCCACCCCCUGAGGGAAACAGGAAAGAGGAAAUGGGGAAAGAGCAUGUCCUUGGGUCAUCAAGCUUUCUAAGCCUGAGGUCUUGGUUGGUGUCCGAGGGAUUGAUCUCAUCUGAGGGGGAUCUUCUCGACUCUUCUGGGGGCACUGAGGCAGAUUGGGUUAUCCCCUCUUCGUCUCCUCAAACUUCAUCCUCUGGCUGUCAUUCUCCUUUAAAAUGCUCAUCUCCUACAAGAUCACCACCUUCCUCAACUCCCUUAGCCCCACCCGAAUCUGGGACUCUUUCCACUCCCUCUACAUCAACAUGCGAUCCGGCUCAGGUCCACAUUCCGUCUUCCUCAAAAGCCGCUGACCUGUCUGCGUUCGUCCCUCUACCCUCCUCUACCUCCACCCCCCAAGCCCAGCCUGGCACCUGUAACUCUUCUCUUCCUAUCCCCGCGAAGCCCCCGCUCACUCCCACCUCCCCAUCCAAGUUCUCCCCUCAGAGGAAAAGGCCACGUGUGACUUCAAGCAGCCGCUCCAGUGUGGUGCCCAUCGACACCCCUCCCUCGGUGUCCCGACCUCAGGCGUACAACCAUCCCUACCACCCUGAGCCCUGGGCCCCGGAGUCGCCCAUCCUUCUCCUCCUCUCGCGCUUCUCUCACGCCACCGACCCCAGUGCUGCCCUGGUCAACUCGGGCAUCAUCUCCGGCUUACUGUUUUACCUCAGCCAGCACCAGGACCCCAGCGGCAGGUGCUUCCGCAUGCUAUGCAGGCUGAGCUGCAACCCCAAUUGUCUGCAGGCGCUGGUCCGGACCGGCUCAGUGGCUCUGAUCCGCCACCACCUCGUCCAGAGAGGGAGUAAUCCGGAGAGUUGGGGAGCUGGCGAGAGGCAAACUGAUAGAGUCAAAGCCAAAGUGAAGCAGCUGGGUCUAGCUCUGCUCAGUAAUCUGCGCGUCCAGUGUGAGUCUGGAUUUGGUUCUGGAGUCCUGAGCCAUGUGAUGCUGUCCGGCACAGAGUCAGACAAACUGAACUGUGCCCUGUCUCUGCCACUUAUUAAUGGGAACAAGGUUCUGUUGAAGAAACUUCUUCUGGACAACGGUGGACUUCUUUUGGCUCUGGAGCCUCUGGGAUGUAAUGAGGAUGACGAAGAGGAAGAGCAUCACAGCAGUGAAUGCCGACUACUCCUCUCAGACUGUCUCAACUUCCCUCAGCAUGUCUCUGCCCCCCAGGUCCACUCUUUAUAUUUUUCCCUGCUGAUUGGUUGCCUCUCCAGCCUGAUGGGUUUCCCCAAAACUGUACUGGACAAACGAAGGUCGAGGAUACUCAGUCCCAUCAAACCGUCGUCGGUCGCUGAGACCAGUAAAUAUUCACCCCCUCCCUUAAAAAUGCCUCGUCUGGCCUGCCUUUGUCCUUACAACGAAUCAACCUAUGACCUCCUCUUCCUGCUGGAUGACGGGAGUCAGGUGUCAGCCAAUAGGGAAGCCGUGGCAGGGGCGGAGGGCACUGAGGUGGUGGGGUCCGAGUACUUCCGGGCCCUGUUGAGGGGGGGCUUCGGAGAGGCCCAGGGAGGGACAGGGGAGGCCAUCCCCAUCAGGGACGUGACCCAAGGCAUGCUGCUGCCAGUGCUGCACUAUCUGCAUGGCUGUCGCCUGAACCAGGAUGGAGAGACGGCCGAGGACCAGGGCGAAGACACCGGGAGGGAGGGCCGGCUGCAGUGUCAGGUUCUAGGAAGCCUGGCUUCUGAAGGACUGGUUGUCUGUAAGGACAGCCCAGAGGAAACGUCACCAGAGGCCCAGAGCUUCCAGAAGACCCCACUGGCUGAAACCAUGAUGGGGGCCUGUAGGUUUCUGGUGACAGAGUUGCAGAGGGAUGUGGAGGAUCUGUGCGUGUCUCUGCUGAACUGCUCCGCCAAGUCCGCCUGUCGAACUGCGGACAGUGGGAAGAAGCCUCCAUCUAACACUGACCAGUACGGGUCGGAGGGGGAGUCCGCUGAUGAGAGCUUGGCCAACCGUACGUCUGGACUGGAGCUGAGUGGUUCUGAAGCCCAGAUGGACUCCUUGGCCCCCGCAGGCCAGACUGAGCCACUACAUAGUUCUGGACUCCAGCCCUCUCAGCAGAACGAGACCAGGCAGCCCCCAGCCACUGCUGCUGGCCAGAACGAUGAUACUGUGCCAAAGACCUCAGGGCCACGACCAUGCGUCAGUCCUCUGAAGUCAAGGUCCGCCUCAAAAUGCUUCAAGAGACGUUCUUCUAAGCUGCGGCGUGUUUCAAACGCACAGAAACCGUUGGAGGACUGUGCCCAAGACUCAAAAGUUGUCAGGGAUCGAUGGGCCCUCCUACCCCAGGUGUACUGGUUCUCCCAGCGGUACAGCUACCCUGGUCUAGGCAAGGCCUGCCUGUCCCUGCUGCUGGGCUCUCAGGGGUCCUCACAGCCCCGCCCUUCCUCCCUAGCGGCAGACUGCCUGCGGAGACUGGCCCGAGAGGCAGACUGUACAGAGACUCUGAAACGCGACCUAGUGAGUCUGGCCACCAGGGCUCUGACCUGAGAGAGGAAGAGCAAAGCGGGAGCUUGGUGUGGGGAUGUAAACUGAGGAGAAACCGAGGAUGUGUGCGGGAUACAGGGAUGAUUACGGGAUGAGAUUAUGCUAUGUGAUUUGUCUGUCACUAACCGCCAUUAAAUUCAGUUUCUGUGCAAGUGAAGUCAUGUUGUAUAUAAAACGCAAAACUCAGCGUUUGAUGAAACCGUACGUAUCGAUAUAGCAUUAACAGAACAAAUUUUUAUCGUUUGACCGGGUGGGAUCUUUUUUGUUGUUAAAAUGCAUUUUGUGAGAAAUGGCGGAUAUUCCUUCCUGGGUAGAUAUUGAGAGAAUAAUAUAUUCAAGUGAAAGUGGAGUCAAGUGAUGAUUAUGCUGUGGUCGUCCUUCCACCGCCAUUUGGGAUUCAGUUUAUUCAGCGGAAGAUUAAGACAUAUCGGGUCUUCACAAGGUGGUGAAAGUGCACAGAAAACAGCUUGAUGUGCCUUAGAAUAAUUAGGCCAUGGAAGGUUGUACAGUGGUGACAUGAUUGAUGCAUGGCUGCUAUUUAACCAACACAAAAGAUCUCUUUGAAGCAUUACAAUGUCAUAAUUUAUCCUACGUUAGACCACCCACGCUGUAUUUCAAGCUUUUUGCUAGAGUACAUUUGCUGUUUAAAGUGACAGUUUCUUUUGUAACAAAACUUUCAGUGGAGUUAAAAAUACAAUGGAAGCAUCCAUCUUGAGAUUUCUACAUGGAGAAAGUACUGGUCUGAAAAUGCGCGUAUUUUCUUUGAACUGAGCUUAGAAUACUGGCAUUUAAAUUUGUCGCCGUUGAAUGGAAGCCUUCGUUAGGUUGAAGUUAUGAACAUUUGCCAGUGUUGUUUCUUUUAUUUUUUACGUGUCUUCGUUUCAGAAUGGUCAAACAUGUAUUUUGAACGUUAGCCUUCAUUUUAUGUGAAUCUCUAUCUUAAUCUCAAAUAUUCCAACAUUGGUCUUUACAAAGUCACAGAUUUAAGCUUUUGUUUGUUUUCAUUAUUCGGAAUAGCCUACGUUUAUAUUUAAAGGAGCCAUGCCAAUAUUUUAAGGUUGGGUGCUCAGUCAUAGCCUUGGGGAAAAAAGUAGCUCAUGGCUCUCUAAAUUACAUUGUAUUAUAAUUUAUUCAUAUUAGCUUCAUGUAUUAUAUACAUGUUUUUUUUUUUUCACGUCAACAUGUUAUAUUUUCAGUUUGAAUGGAAAAGCAGUUGAGUAAAUGUCCUGUAUCAAUGACUGGAAUAAUCAGGGUUGGACUGGGUGCCAUGCCAUGUUGUAAAUGCUGUAAAUACAGAGAACUUUAGGACUAGAGCCAAGGAGAAAAUAACCGAUUAGCUUUCACUCGCCUCAUGUGAAUCCAUACUCCUCAAUAAAUCUUUUAGACUUCC